AUGGGGGACUUCAACGGCAAGACCAACGGACUUGUAAUCAAAGGAACAUUGUUCUCCCAUAAAAACAUUCACAAAGCAACAUGGGUGUCUGCUACUGGAAUAACGAAAAACCAGAUUAACCACCUUCUCAUUAGGAGGCAGUGGAGAUCUAUUGUUCUUGACAUCAAAGUCGAAAGGGAAACGGAUGCCAACAGCGACCACUACCUGGUAAGGACUCGAAUCAGGCUAACCCUCAGCACACACAAGAACAAGAUCAAGUUGAAAGCAAGACUGGAUGUAGAGCGCCUCAGAAACAAAGAAGUAAGCACAAAGUUCAAUGACUGCGUGAGAGAGAAAUUAAAAGAACACAAGGAAGAAACUGAAGAUAUCGAGAAAAUGUGGGAGCAGCAAAGGAUGACCUAUGUGAAUUCAACAGAGGAAGUACUCGGCUUCAAAACAGGCAAAAUCCAGCUCUGGAUCACCUGGAAGCUGAUAGACGAAAGAAAAGACAUCAUGGCAAAGUUAGACAGCACAGAAUCAGAAAGAGUCAAGACUAGAUCGAGGGAAACUUACGGACAGAAAGACAAAGCAGUCAAGAAAAGUUCGAAAGAGGACAAGAGGAGAUGGAUGGCACAGAAAGCGGUCGGGAACGGGAGGCAGAAGGAAUUGUUCAGCAUCGUAAAGGAGCUGACAAGAAAGAGUAAUAGACAAACAGAAGCAGUGGAGAGCAAGGAUGGGGAGCUGAUGAAGAAUAAAGGCCAAGAGUAG